AUGGUGUAAAUGUGUAAUAAUAAAAACGUUUACAAACAUCUUAAUAUUGUUUUUAUGCAGAUAUCAUGUCAACAAAGAUCUUUGCGAGGACGUGAAAAAUGUUGUUAUAGCAUAUGCAAAAAGCAACGUAGAUAAACAUGUGCAGGUAAGUUUGGUUUUUGUUUCCAACAAAUUAAAACCAAUUUCUGCUAUCCCCCAUGCACUUAUUAGUGUACUUUAGACUAGAGAUGUGCAUUGGAUCGGAUUGGACGUUUAUAAUCCGACAAUUGGCUAAUGUUUAAAAUCCAAUCCGAUCCGAAAUUGUCCUAGUAAUCUGAAUCUGAUCCAAUCCGAGUUUGAUAAAGAAUUCCGAUCCGAAGAAUCCUUUAAUAAAAUAAAUUUCUCAUUCAAGUGGAAUAUUUAACGAAAUAAAUAUAAAAGCAAGAAAUACAUGUCAAGAAGCUGACAAAGUGACGUCCAAUUGAAGUCCAAUCCGAUCCCACAUUCCCACUCCAUUAACUCUGAUCCGACUACGAAACAACUUUAUCAAUCAAUCCGAUAUGGAUAUUUUUGUUCCGAAAUCCGAACGAAUCCGAUCGGAUUUGUACACCUCUACUUUGACGGUUCGUGUGAGCCUUUUGACAAGUUCAGACUAUUAAAGUAAAACAAAGAGAAAUUACAGAAGACAGUAGAGGUGUACAAAUCCGAUCCGAUCGGAUUCGUUCGCAUUUCGGAACAAAGAUAUUCAUUUCGGAUUGGAUCGGAUUGAUAAAGUUGUUUCGUAGUCGGAUCGGAUUUCGAUAUUCGAAAUUAAUCAAUUAAUUAUCCACGACAACGCGGUUGUCGCUGCAUUAUUCGUUUGAUAAUUCAAUUGGACAUCACUUUGUCAGCUUUUUGACACGUAUUUCGCGCUUUUAUAUUUGAGUAUUUGGUUAAAUAUUUCCACUUGAAUAAGAAAUUUAUCAGUUAUUAAAGAAUUCUUCGGAGCGGAUCGGAUUAGACAAUUUCGGAUCGGAUUGGAUUUUGAGCAUUAGCCAAUUGUCGGAUUAUAAACGUCCAAUCCGAUCCGAUGCACACACCUAGAAGACAGUGACCUGGUAAACAACUAUGCAAACAGAGAGGAUAUCUACACUUGAAUUAAUGCUUCCAAGUUUCAGUUUAAAAUUUUUGAGUUGAAUUAUUUCCAAGAUAUCGCCCAUAAGAGUUUAUGCAACCAUUGCAAGCAGAAACCAGUGACAUAGACUUUCGCAGCCUUUUUUAAAUGACAUCAUUUUUACUUCGCCUCAAGCUAUCUUUAUUCGCACACGUGUAGAAAUUUUAAGGUUGACUUGUGACCAUUCCACUAGUAUUGCAAUUUUAUUGCAAUUUCAUUGCCCUAUACAUGCCAAAUUUGGUCAUUUGGGUCACGCAUUUCAUUGGGGGAGGGGGGAGGACACGGUUCUGUUCGCAUGCAUUAGAAAACGCGACGUGACGACGUGAAAAUGACGUAUAUGCACCUCGCGUUCACUUUCCAGUUCUAAUCUGGGACGGCAUGUUUGUCUUUUUCGAAGCAAGUUUUUAUUUUCUUGUCGCCGCUCUUUCUUGUAUUGCUUUCAAUCAGUUGUCAAGAUAUGUGCAAGAAAAAGCUAUAUAAUACUGGCGAAGCGUUUCCUGAUGAAUUUGUAUGAACAUUUAGUAAGUUUUUUUUUAAAAAAGCCGUAUAAUUCAUAUGUCUCAAAAAGGUGUUUAAUUUUUAAAAACAACUAUAAUAUGGCUUUAAAACCUCUACGAAUUACAAUUCGUAUUGUAUGAAGUACAUCUUACCCUGAUCUUACACAGUGCGCAUAGCGUUGAAAACAACUUUUCAAAAUAAUUUUACAACUUACUUUUCAAAAUAAUUUUAGUGGUAAAGAUACUUGCAGACCCCAAACUACCCAUGCUUGGAUAAAAUUUUCACAAAUGUUUCAGACAUUUUUUAACUGUAUUUUGAACAUUUUUCAUUUGUAUUUAGUCCAGCAGAUCGGAGAAGAAGUUGCCUAGUACGUCGUCCUUUGAAAUUGAUGUCGACAGCGCUACACAUUCAACAUCGCCGCAAGAAGGUUAGUUGUGUAGUUUACAAUACAAUACAAUACAAUACAAUACAAUACAAUACAAUACAAUACAAUACAAUACAAUACAAUACAAUACAAUACAAUACAAUACAAUACAAUACAAUACAAUACAAUACAAUAAAAUUUAUUUAUCCACGGUGGAAUCUUCAGUAUAUAUAUAUAGUUUGUGUUGGUGGUGUUAUUAAAUUAAAUGCACGGGUGACAAUUGCGAUUAUAGUAAGUAAACAUUUCGGAGUGACUGUUGAAUUUCUUGCAUUCUGAUUGGUCGGAAUUCAGCAUGUUUGACCUUAUAGUUACUGGCCAGUCCAGUAACUACAGCAUUUUUUAAAAUGGUUUCUUCAUAGGCUGCCCAGCAAAUACAUUGUUAUCCUCAAACUAAAUAGUUUUAAAAUAUUAUAUUUACUCAACGUUUUGCUAUAAUUUUUUCAACCAUGUUUCGCUACUCUGGUUUAAGAUAUUGAUGUACAUCGUAGGUUCACAGAAAGUUAGAAUUUGCGAUGCAGCGCCUCGAUACACCAGUCGGUGACUUCAUAGGUGGUGAUACCAUGUAAUAGUGCACCUUGUUGGCAGAUCACGUCUUCAUGCCUCGAGAUUCACGUUGGAUUUUAUCCCCCUUGUUAUAAAACGAAUGGAUUCUCCAAACAUUUGCCUCGUUAAUAGUUCUAUAUAUUUUAUUAAAUUAUACUUGGGCAGCAAAAAGCUUUCUUUUUUAACCAAUUUUUUAUCGCAUUUAAAUACGUAUAAUAAAACUAUUUAAUGGUGAAAAUCGUAGACUAAAAAUGAUUGAAAGUAUUUGCUUUUUUACAGAAUCAAUUAUGAAACCGCUGCCACGUGAUGAGAGAGCUUUAUUUCAGGAAGCCUAUUCCUUGGGUUUGAUUGGACAGAACCCUGAUUUACCGCGAGCAAAGCUCAUAGAUCACAUUAAAAGUUCGAAGAUGAUUGGACGAAGCAUAAAUCAUGUCUCAAUUCUGUUAGUUGGCUUGUCUGGCGUUGGCAAAUCGGCCACAAUUAAUCAUCUCUUGCGCACAAAGGAUGAAAUUGCAAAAACAAGUUAUUUUGAGACAGGAACAAGAUCCACUCAAGAGUUCAUUGUCUACGGUAGUGCACCACGAUAUGAAGUUGAAGGACUUCCACUAGGAGUAGUUGACACUCCAGGAUUUGGUGACACUGACGGUUUAUACCAAGAUGCAUGCAACUUUUUUUCUAUACAGGAGUUUUUUCAUACACAUCCGAAACUGACAGGACAUUACCCAAACUUGAUUUUUGUAAUUGUAAAGGCAAAUGAUAAUCGGUUCAGCGAAUUCGUGAAAUGGUUGGAACACAUCAAACUACAAAACUUAGUUGAUCGUAACAAUCCAAAUGUUGUGGCUGUUAUAACCCAUGUAUGCAAAAUUCCAAAUAGAAAGGUCGACAAAUGGUCUAAAAUAAUGGAAACAAAAAAGACUACUGUUAAAAGAAUCAUAUUUGAUGCUUUAAAGGUGACUGCCCCAGUGGUUCUGCUGGAAAACAUGUACGGGAAAGAGGGCUACGAUCUAGACGUUGUUGGUGAUUACACGCGUCUUCCAAAUGGAGUAUUGCAGCCUAAAAAUUUGUAUGAGGCUUGUGCAGAUGUCCUGAAGAACAAUAAUGAUAAUCUUGGUCUCAUUACUUUAAAUAGUAUCUUUGCACCAUCCACGAAGGUUCCUCCUCCAAAACGCGGGCACAAGAUCGAAGCAAAGAACGUGAAAAGUCAAUUGUAA